CUUCAUCUUGUUUAUUUCUCUUCACUCAUAUUCUGUUAAUUGUUUCACGAUUAUCAUGAACUAUUAUCAUCUCUUGAUUUCGUAAUUAAACAAUUUAAUCUCCUCAUCAUGUUGAUCAUUUUUACUUCAAUUGAAUUUUCAAUUGGUUUUCUCUUAUUUUCCAUUUUGUUUAUUUUUCUCUCUCUAUGAGUUACUUUCCUUUUCCUCUCACUUUCUCUCCAAUGUGUUUAUCUCUCUCUGGUAAUUUUCUUAAUUGUUUACUUCACUCAUUAAUUGUCUACAAUCUAUUUUAAUUUGUUAAUUCUAUUCUUGGUAAUGUUUCAAAUGUAAAUCAUUAAAUUUGUGUUUUGCGUUUGUGUCGAAAAGCAAAAAAAAACAUCCAAAGGAGAAUAGAAUUUUUUUUUCUUCUCUUUUUGGUUUCCAUGUGAAUAUUUGGCUUGUGAUUUUUUCUUCUCUCCUAUUUUUCUCUCUUGACAACAAUUGAACUUUAAUGUGAAUUUACAUUAUAUUAUCAUCUCUCAGUGAAUUUAUUAUAACAGCUCGAGGUUCACAUUAUCCUGUUAAUCCUGUUAAUUUAAUUUUCUUCACUGGUAAUUGUAGAUAUUUUCCUUGGAUCAUUUCUCUCAAAUAAGUGAAUUCCAUUUUCUUUCUCGACCAUUUCACCUUAACUGGUUUACUUUCUCUCUCUCUCUUCUGGUGAAUUUCGUGCAUCUUAAACAUCUUCCUGGUUCUGGUAUCUUCUUCCUUUUAGUUCCUUUUCCUUCCUGUUUGAUGAUUAAAAUCAAUUUCUCUUUGGUUUAAUAAAUCAAUCGAUUUUUCUCAAUACAAAACAUAUAAAUAUAUCUACAUAUUCACUAUGCCGCCGACAGUAAUAUCUUUGGAUAGAAGAGGAUUUUGGGAUCCGAUAACUUCAACCAUCGACUGGUGUGAAACCAAUUAUGAGAUGAGCUAUUAUAUAGCAGAAUUUUGGAAUACCCUGUCAAAUUUAACCUUCAUCUUACCACCGUUAAUUGCCUUUGCUCAUCUUCGCCGUUAUGAGAUUGAUUUUCUAUUUCUUAGUCCAUUAUUGUACCUUUCAUUUGUCGGCCUUGGAUCAGCUGCUUUCCAUAUGACCCUCAAGUAUGAGAUGCAACUAUGGGACGAGAUGACCAUGAUUUGGGAAGCCCUUUUGGUUGGCUAUAUUUUCAUUAAGAUGCUUCAUCCACCAACAGCAGCCAAACGAUCAACCAAAUUAUCGUUAAUCUUUUGUGGUCUUGGCUUAGAAAUAUCCUACCUUGUUGUUAAUGAGCCGAUUUUCUUUCAAUUGGGCUUUGCCGCUAUUCAUUAUAUGGUCAUUUAUCUUGGAUAUCGCAUCACCCGAACCUGCCCAUCAUCACCUAGACUCUUCUGGUUAGGUGUUUUUCUCAACCAUUUUGCUUUCUUCCUUUGGAAUAUUGAUAAUAUAUUCUGCUCUUCACUGGAUGGGCUUAGGUGCGGUCUACCCAACAUGUUAGCACCGAUUUUACAAUUACACGCAGUUUGGCACGUGAUUGCCGGUUUUGCGACCUAUUGUAUGAUAACUUUCGCCAUACACACUCACCUUCUCAGUCAACGAAGAUACUUUUACAUCAAAUUACAUCCACUCACCGGAUUAAUUUUAAGUAAAACUUAAAAGCAAAGAAAUUAAUUUCUCUAAAUUAAACCUAUCCUUUCAUCAACAAUCAACAACCAGUAACAAUAAUAAUACAAUAAUAACACGACAUCAAUUACAAUUAUUAAUAGGAUAUGGUAAAGUGAAUAGUCAUGUAACAAUUAAAGGACCAUGACAAAUUGUUGGAGAGACAUGAAUGGAAAACCAGUAAACACCAUUAAAUAUCAGUUAAAUUAUCUUUUGAUGCGGAAGCGAGUAAAUAACUUCACCUGAAUUGGAAAAGGACUCAAAUCAUGAUUGAUGAAUGAAACAAAAACCUUCAUGUUUAUCAAAAGAGAUAUUGUAUCCAAAACAUAAUGUCACCAUGAUGAUAAUGAUUAUCACCAAGGAAUUACCAUCAUCUCUAAAUAAUAUUCUAUUAUUAUCUACACAUUAUGUUUCCAACAAGGAUAUUCUCAUUUGGUGUUUUUCUCUCAACCAUCAUCAUCAUCAUCAUCAUCAUCAUCGUCCUGUCGAUUUAUAUUACGAGUGAGAUACUAGAUGAAAAUAUUGUGUAAACUGUUUGGAAAUUGAAAGAGAAGAUUGAGAAUCAUCAUCAUCAUUAUUUCAUAAUUGCUCUUUUAUUCAACCACUUAAAUUGUCAUUAGCUUGAUAACAGUCAAUGGAUUAUGAUAUUUAUCUUAUUGAUUUAACCAGAUCAAAUAAACGAGGUUGUUAAUCAUUUUAAACCACGAUCAAAAAGGCGACCGUCGACCAACAAUUAAGCUUCAAGCUCAUUAAGACAAUCACCAUUAUCCAUCAUCACGAUAAGCAAAAAUCUUACCUUUUGCUAGUUUAUCUUGAUUGUCCACUCUGAGAAUGAGUGAGGUCAACAUGACGAUCGAUUUCUAACCUUCCCGGCGGAAAUUUACUUUCACUUUUGACUUUCAACUUUAUUUUUCCAUGAAACCGUUACCCUGAUCAUCAUCAUCAUCAUCAUCAUCAUUAUCAUGAUAAUCAACAAACUGGUUGAUGCAGCAUUCAAUUAAUGUAGAAAAUACCUUUUCACACUUUCUUUGCUCUCUCUCUCUCUUUCUAUUCUCCCUCACUCUAGUCAUCAUCAUGAACAAACUUUUCAAGCAUCAAAUUAACCUAAAUAACAUCCUGAUUCAGUCUAAUUGUUAAUUAUAAUCAUGUACCAACACUGAACAAUUGAUUUAAAUUCAACAGAAAAAAAAAAUCCUGAUGCUUUUUCACCUUAAAGACAUUUGUUUUGUCUUGAUAUCCAAUAAUUCAUGAUCGAACCUCAAAGGUUAUGUUAACAAUUAACGUUAUUACUGCUCAACUUGAUUAGUUCAAAAUCUAAUUUUUAGUUAAUUAACUUAAUCAUUGAUUUUCCACAAUUUAUGUUAAUUCAUUUCAACCUUUUC